UUGCAGGAGGUGGAAGCGCUGGUUUCUCACUGGAACCUCUAUAUCAACCUGGGAGGCUUCUUCGUUGGUCUCUUCUCCGUGACUCUCUUGGGGCCAUGGAGCGACAGCGUGGGCCGUCGUCCGGCACUCAUCCUGCCGGCAGUGGGUAUGGUGCAAGCUGCCAUCUAUCUCCUCGUCAUGUACCUGCAGCUGCACGUGGCCUACUUUCUCCUUGGACGCGUCCUGAGUGGCCUCAUGGGAGACUACAACCUGAUCCUGGCCAGCUGCUUUGCCUACGUGGCCGACACCAGCGACAAACGCGCACGUACAUUUCGCGUGGCUGUCCUCGAGGCGUGCCUCGGCAUCGCGGGCAUGCUGGCCAGCAUUGGCGGUGGCCAGUGGCGCAAGGCACAGGGGGACAUCAACCCCUUUUGGCUCGUGCUUGCUGCCAGUCUCGCUGCUGCUCUCUACGCUGCUUUCUGUCUUCAGGAAUCGGUGAAGGAGCAGAAACCGGCCAAGCUGUUCACACUCGCUCAUUACAAGGCCGUCUACCGGCUGUACACGGCCCCAGAACACUCGAGCUCCAGGCUGAAGCUGGCUCUUUACUCCCUGGCUUUCUUUCUCCUUGUCACUGUACAUUUUGGAACCAAGGACCUCUUUGUUUUGUACGAGCUUGGCUCCCCUCUCUGCUGGGCUGCUGACCUCAUUGGGUACGGCUCGGCCGCCAGUUACCUGGCUUACCUGAGCAGCCUGGGAGGGCUGCGGCUGCUGCAGUUCUGCCUUGAAGACACCUGGGUGGCAGAGUUAGGAUUGAUCUCCAAUAUUUCUGGACUGGUUGUGAUUUCUGUUGCUACUACAACGGCACUGAUGUUUACAGGUUAUGGGAUUCUGUUCCUUUCUAUGGCAGCCACUCCAGUCAUCAGAGCCAAGCUCUCCAAGCUGGUCAAUGAGACGGAACAGGGUGCUCUCUUUGCUUCUGUUGCCUGUGUGGAGGGACUGUGUUCACUUGUGGCUACAGGAGUGUUCAACUCUCUCUACCCUGCCAGCUUGCACUUCAUGAGGGGAUUCCCAUUUCUCUUCGGGGCUAUAAUUCUUCUUAUUCCAGCAGCUAUUAUUGGGUGGAUAGAAAUCUGGAAGUCAAACCAUGACUACAGUCACUUCUCAGAUGCUUCCCUGUCCCCUGCAGAUGGCUGAGCAGCAACUUAGCAACGAGGAAUUAACCAGCUCAGCAGUGUUUCAUCUGAAGACUGCUCUUUAUUCUUCCUUUAAAGGACAGAUUAAUGUGGGAGGGACACC